ACUUAUUGUGUAUCAAUUCAUAAUAGGCUGGUUGUACACACACGCAUAACAAUGAAGCAACAAAUUCCACAAGUUUUAAAACAAUUUUUGAAUGAAUGUUUUAAUUAAUUCAGUAAUACACUGAAUUAAUGUUGAGAGUGGAUAUUAUCCCUUGCAGAAUAAUAUUAUCCCAUAAUUACACAAAUUAAUUAAUCUACUAUAUCAGUGACAAAUCUAUCAAAUUGUUCUCCAGUCAAUUCAUUUUUUCUCCCUCAUAAAAAUGUUCUUAAAUGUCAAAUAUUUUUAAGAAUACAAUUCACAAUGGACAGUCAUUUAUCCAGUUCCAUUUUUCUACUGUUUAUAUUAUCAAAUCAUGGUUUGAUACUUGCAUUAGCAAAUUCGAAUCGACGAAUUCACUCAAGGCAUGGAUUAACUCAGCCUAACCACAACCAACUUCCGCAUACUUUGGAUGAAUAUGCCUUAAAUAAAAUGCAGAGUGAUGAAGAGGAUUUGAAACUUUCUAAAGAAAUGCCUAUCCUCGAUACAAUGAUACCAUCUGAAACUGAAACAGGAGUGAAAAGCAGUUCACAGGUGAAAUUGCGCGCCGGUGUUCGUAAAAGUAAUGACUUUGGAACUGGCGUUAGGAACCAUAACAACAAGAACAAUAAUAAUCAUAAACUAAAUGGACAACAUUCACCGAAAGAUGAUUCAAAUCUACUUGAUUCCUACUGGUCCGAUACAAAUGUUGGGAACAUAUUUGAUAUUGGAUGGGAUCCAAGUCCGCCUAAAGGAACCGAUUCACAAAAGGAUUUAGUACAACCAGAUGAAACUCAUUUAGAAGGUGUUCCUUCUUUUAUCCAACAUCCUAAACCACAGUAUUAUACAAUGAAAGAUCAUCCAGCAACAAUUGAAUGUGUAGCUGAACCAGUUUCACAUGCUGCUAUUAAAUGUGCCGACCAGACAAUACCAUAUAAAGGUCCCGGUGAAUCGGGAAGAUUACAAAUUACACAGUUAAAUUCAGACAAUCAACCAGAUCCAGAGGGUAAACGUUGGGUGUUACGCAUGAAGGUUAAGGCUAGAGAUGUGGAAGAAUGGUUCGAUUCAUAUGUAUGUCACUGUGAAGCUUGGAAUAAAGUAGUCGAACUGCAGAGGCCAAAGAAAGUCAUCAGCAAACCAACAGUAGUCAAAGAAGCAUACUUGGACAGGAAAUUCCAACUGGAACCAGUUUCUACAGACUUGGCUGUAAGUAAACGGCUUGUACUCACUUGUCUGCCGCCUAAAGGUGAUCCCGAUCCUGAAGUAUUUUGGUUGAAAGAUGAGAAACGUGUCGACAGCAAAUCAUUUCCACAUAUUAUAAUCAAUGAUUAUAAUCAUUUAAUUAUUGAGAAUACAACAAUUGCUGAUAGUGGGAAUUAUACAUGCGUCGCGUCAUGUCUAGGCAUUGAAUACAGAUAUGCUAAUGCACGUGUCAAUAUAUUUCCUUACAAUUCAGUUAUGAAUCGACCGGCAAAUGAUGAUCUAACUAGUUGGGGUGAUUGGGGAGCAUGCCAUAAAUUUACAACAGAAGGAAAUAAUCCCCAAGUGAUAUGUCAACAAACACGUUAUCGUCUAUGCGCGAACCGGCUAGCAUCCAUGGUGGAGUUGAAAUCACCUGAUGUUAGUUCACUGUUAAACAACCGAUGUCCACUACCACAAUUUCAAACAAGAAACUGUUCGGUGAAUCAGUGUACAAGUUUCUUGAAUUCACCUGUUCCAUUCGGGGUUCAUAAUGCAGAUAUGAAAUCAGUGACUACUAUAUCAACAGUUCCAAGUACACAAUUGUUUAGAACUCGAGAAAUUGCAAUUUAUGUUGGCCUGUUCUUGUCUUUAGCUGUUUUACUGGCUAUUGUCGCCAUAGUGGCUUUAAUAACACGACGGAAAAGUCUAAAAUUCUCUACUACACGUGCACUUCAUUAUUCUAGUUGUUUUCAUGGUAAGAGAUCAUGCAGACAAGAAAAAGUUAACAAGAAACCUCAAGACCUACUGUUAUCCGGUGACUUGACUCAAACAAUGAUCACAAUCAUGAAUCCAAGUGUGGCUGAUACUCAGAAAAUGGGUCGAAUGACUCAAAAUUAUAACAACAACACCAGUAAUAUGAAUGGUAAAGCUGUGAUGCCAAGUGUAAUGAAGGGUUCAAUUAAUGGAAUGCAAAUCCAACAUCAAUACACCACUACACCAGUCAAUAAUAUCCCCCCUCUAAGUACAGUUGGACAGAGUUUAGUAUUCUCGAAUGGUGCAUCCUUAGGAACGUCGACUGCACUUCUUGGAAAUUUACCUCCACCCCCUGCACCUCCUCCUCCUCCGCCACCAACUCCACCACCACCACUACCCGGUACUUUACCUCCUAUUCCAGUGACUUCCAUCAAUCUUGAUGGUGGCGGUGCCACACCUGAUCUCUCUGGAUAUUCCGGAUUUCCUAGCAGCCUGCCCAGUACACAGCAUUUUAUGAACACAUUGUCUUGUCAGGUGAAUGGAUAUCUAACUUCUAGCCCAUAUAUGCAGACUAGUAUUGGCCAUAAUAAUCAAGCUGGCAGUUUAGGAACUGAGCCUGCAUAUGUUGAGUCUGACGUUGCUUUACCCAGAAUAGGAUGUGGACAAAACUUCACUCCAUCUAAUCUUCCACCGGUAGGUGCUGGAAACAUGAAUGGCCCAAAUGAAAGUUCUUCAGGUCCUUCUACAGCCAAUACAGGAACAGCUGUUACAGCGGUUGGCUCCUGUAACGGAGGUAGUAGCAACGGAUCUAUGGGAUUGCCUAUAAAUGGUUGUCUGACAAGCAGAAGUCCAAAUUUCAAUGUAAAUUAUCUGAACUCAGAAACCGAUGCAUGUGAUGAAAAGUGUAGACCACAAUCUGGCCUAUAUCAUGAAUUAUCGUUGGACAGAAUUUCCACCAGUCGGUCACUUUCAUGUGAAUUUAAAGAAUCAUUUGAUUUGGAUACUGUUGUGCGAGCAACCAUUUCCUGUAACGGUGAUCAACUCGCCUUACCAGAAUCAGGUGUUUUCCUGACUAUACCCCAGGGAGCAUUACAACUGAAUUCUCUGGUUGAAGUCUAUUUGGCGAUUUGCAGAGAAGAUAAACAUCGUCCUACACUAGGAGAUCAUCAAACCUUACUAAGUCCUGUUGUUCAAUUUGGACCAGUGGAUUUACAUUUUUUAAAACCCAUACUUUUAUCAUUUCCUCAUUGUGCAGCAUUGAAUCAAAGCAGUUGGCUUAUCCGUAUUUUAGCAUUAGGACCACAUUCUACUCGUUCAUCUAACAAUUUGAAUGCAUCAAAUACAAAUGGCUAUAAAUCAACUUACAAUGGAUUAUCAUCAAAUCUUGACAAUUUCACUUGGCAGGAGGUGGGUAUAAUCGGUUAUGAGUCGAACAGCAGUAAUUUAAUGUGUCAUCUUGACUUUAAUAUGGCACACUUAAUGACGGAUGUUGCACAACGCUACUGCUUGGUCGGUGAAACACAGAAAUUCCUUGGCGCCAACCGGUUUCCAUUCAGUCAUAUUCACAACAAAAGUUCUAGUCAUACAGAAUUUCAUGAUUCAUCUAAUGGUGUGAGUGGAAAUGGUUUGCAGAGAAUGAAAAUUACUAACAGCACAAAUAAUAGUAAUAAUAAUAAUAACAAUGUUAUGACAGAUAGUUCUCAGGACAGUGGAUUUUUGUCUGAUUUACAACCAGCGACGAAAAUGUUGAAGCUUGCUGCAUUUGCUGGACCCUUAACUCCUACAAUCGAUUAUAAUAUAAGAGUUUAUGUUCUUGCUGAUACGAAAGAUGCUUUAGAGCAUGUUUUAAGCGUGGAAAGAAGACUGGAAGGCAAGUUACUGGACAAUCCAAAGUCUUUACUAUUCAAGGAUAACGGUGGAGGACUAUGCUUUUAUAUUGAAGAUAUUUCUAACGGAUGGAGAAGUCGACUGCAGACGAAGUCGCAGGAGAUACCCUUCCGACAUAUCUGGAAUGGUACACAGAUGUCAACACUACACUGUGCAUUUUCAUUGGAACAUUUGGAUCCACGUCAAGCAACAGUUUCUUGUAAAAUUAUUGUUUAUCAAGAAAAUGCACAGUUACAAGGACAAAUUUUGGAAAUUUCAAGUCAAAAAUUUGAGAAUUUGAAUUUCUCUCAACUGAAAUAUGGACAGUCGAGAACAAUGUUUUCCAAUUCUGAAGAUGGCAAUUCAGAAGCUCACUACUCACCGAUUUCCUACAGGCUGCCUGUAGUUGUUAGUCAAAGACUUUGUAAAAUGCUGGAUGGUCGAGACAGUGACUGGCAGAAACUGGCAAAGCAUAUCGGCAUGGAGAAGUACAUCUUUUAUCUGAAAUCUCAAACAAGUCCAACAACAGUUCUGCUAAAUAUGUGGGAAGCACAACAUCGUGAUGAACUGGCUUUGAAUGAGCUAAAGGCUAUAUUCUACGCUAUGGAACGGAAAGACUGUGCAAAUCUACUCGAUCUAGAUAUGAAUGCUCAGAACUGCCGUCGCUAGUCCAAAACUAAUCAGAGUUUGAGAUUUAAUGAUAAUAUUAAAAAAUAGAAUAGCGAUCCCAAUUACGUAAUAGAAAAGAUGAAUAUACAAAUUUUUUAACAAGAAAAAACAAAAAGAACCACAACAACAUAUCUCGAAUUUUUCACUUUUUACCAAAUUUGCUAGUUUGACGCAUUUAAACCUCACCAAAGGACUUAUUUAACCUUGAAUGUUAAUGUAAUCUAAAAAUUGCCAAAAUCAACAAGUCGGUGUUAAAUUUCGUAUGGCUAUAACUAACGCAUUGAGAACACAGUAGACACAAUAAGUCUGACAAACACUCAAUGGAAAAAUGUCUUUCUAUUAAACUGUAAUUGAAAAAAAACAAACAAACAAAGAACUGAGUAAUUAUCAGUUAGUUAUAUCUGUAUGGUGAUUCACCUACUCACUACUUACUACCCGGUACAAAGUUGAAAAGAGAAUCUUUUUGAAUUCAGAAUGUGUUAACACCACAUUACCUGCAUUACACUGUUCAAUGUACACAUGAUGAUACUCGAACCUCCUGCAUUUAAAUGAGAACAAACGGAAAACUCGUGAUUCCUGAGAGUUUGAACAUCAUGUAUACAACACCAACAACAACAACAACAAUAAAAGCAUAGAUAAUUUGAAAAAGGGAAAGAAUUUCAAAGUUUUUGUAUGUAUGACAAUACAAAGGGUCUGUUUUGCCUAGUCCAUUUCCAUAUACUGGUAUAAAAUUCCUUCAGUGUAUGUUUGUUCCUUUUUAUUAGCUUGCUUGUUAUUGCUUGCUGAAUAAUUUGAUGCUUAUAUAUAUAUAUAUAUAUAUAU